CACACACGUCAUGCUAAGGAAGUGCCGACUUGCUGAAGCAGUAACGUGUGGGCCCCAGCCAGCUAUUGCACGUAAACUGCCAAAAAAUAAAAGUCCUCAAUUUUACAUGUAGAUUACUGACACUUUACAACGUGCGGUCUGACAAUGGGAGCGAACAACAGUACCCGCCGCGUGUCAUUUGAAUCAGAUGAGAACGAGAAUAUAACGGUGGUGAAGGGCAUACGGCUUUCUGAGAAUGUCAUCAACCGCAUGAGGGAACCUACAGCUCCUCCUCAACACCAACGUGCUCCCUCUCCACCACCUCCCACAGCACCUAAACUCACUCCUCCACUCCUGCAGCCAGUGCCUCCCCCCUUUGACCCGAUCACCUCCUUGCCUCCUCCUCCCUCUCCUCUUGUAGAACCUGUUGCACCUCCAGCUCCUCCUUCACCAGCUCCACCUGCCACAAAGACUGUGGCUGCACCUCCACCUACGGAACAGCCCCCCGUGGAACCAGUAUCUCCUGCUCCAGUCCCUGAGCCUGUGGCAGUGCCUGAGUCGAGUCCAGUCCCACCACCUCCCACUGCACCACCCGUUGAUGAGGAGGCCCUGAGGAAGAAGAUCACUGAUGAGCUGUAUAAAGGCUUGGAGCAGGACAGAGCCAAGGCAGAGCAAGAGCUGCAAGCCUGGUUGGAGUCGGAGAAGGCCCGUGCAGCAGCACAGGCUAAAGCUGACGCCCAGUCCCAGGUCAGGAAUGAAGUCUCCAAGAUCCUGUCUGUGGAGCGGGCCGUGGCCCAGGAGAGCCUUCAGCAGGCUGUCAUAAGGGAGAGGAUCGCCACAGAGGAUGAGAGGCUCCGCGCUCAGCUCCUUGCCAAGCAGCUGGAGGCCAGAGAAGCAGACUUACAGAAGCAAGAUGCUUUCUACAGAGAGCAGGUGGCCCGGCUGGAGGAGAGGAGCACUCAGUUCUACAAGGUCACCACAGAGAACUACCACAAAGCUGCAGACCAAGUGAAUGCCAAGUUCAAACGGUACGAGGUGUAUCCAGUGUGCGCAGACCUGCAGGGCCAGAUCCUCGCAUGCUACAAGGAGAACGUUGGAAAAACCCUUAACUGCUCCAACAUAGCAGCCCGUUACCUACAGUGUGUCAACAACGCCAAACAGAAUGACAAGUAUGUGCAUGCACCCUCAUGGACAGAUGAUAUAACAAGCUGAGGACCGGGGGUUAAAGAAGAGAGAGGAGGACAGAGAGAGCAAUGAAGAGUUUAUUGUGUGGGAUUACUGAUUAUCGACCGACUUACAGACAGACAGACCAAACCUGGAGUGGAGGAGGAGAGGAAUGAAUCAGCACUGGCACACACACACCCUCAAAAAAAACAAAAAAAAAAACACCCUGUGACCACACCAGACUAGAGGCAUCAAACACAGCAGCACCUCGAACGAGAAAUAGACACCCUCUCCCUCAAUUCUUAUCUCCCCUCCCCUCCUCUCUCUCGUACCCUUCGUCUAUCUCUCCCGUGAGAAUGGCAGAGGCGGCGAUACUGUCCGCCAUUUUGGAGACACGGCGGUGAUCUAUACGGGACCCGGUGGGCCUGAGCUCGCCUCACUGAAAGGACAAAGAUGAACCGAAACCACCUCAACAAAGUCAACCACCUGUGUUGCAAACCACUUGGACCCAUCCCACUCAAUCAACAACACCCUUAGGAAAAUAAAAGUCUAUUUUUACUAAUUUAAGUCAGUCCUAUUCUCUUGUCAUUCAUUGUUUUCCACUGUCCUGUACACAAAUACACAUGUACGCAUCUGUUUCUUCUCUGCAUCUGUUCGUGUGAGUUUGUGUUAUGUUAAUAAUGUAACGAUCUGCGUGUUGAGUAUUCAUCCAGACCAGCACUUGUGACAAUGUCUGAUCAGAGGAAAUAAAAGACGAAACGAUGCAGGAA